UGGCGCUCUACGACGUCGUACGUCGCUUUGAAUGAGUCAGAGGACGACGAUCCGGAAAAUAGUCGAGAGUUUUUUUUAUAUUACUUUUGCAAUUAGUUAUAAAUUAAUAUAAUACUUGGACAAUUUCUAUUUUAUUUUUAUGGAUAAAAUCUGAGUUGACUUUGAAUGAUACAAGUGAAUUCUGAUAUGAGUAAAAAUUAUCACGAUAAAUCUACUGAUAGAAUAUAUGAAGGAUAUAGUCAAUUUGUUGCUGGAAGUAAUGGUCCAUUUCCUAUAGUACCUGUUGAAUUUCCAAAGUUACAAGAAAUGAGUCUUGCAGAACUUAAAAUUCUUCAAGAUGAUACAAAUAAACAGGAAGAAUUUUUAAAUGAAUUACCAGAACUUAUUCAUUUGACUAAAUUGAAAAAUGAAUACAUAAUGAAAAAUGAAGAACUUGCUCGAGAGAAUCUGCAACAGCAGCAAGUUCUAGAGGAUAUGAAAAAUAAAAUUAUUUUUAUGGUACAAGAAGCAAACAUGUUGAAAUUAGAAUUUGAGCACAAUAGUGAAAAUUAUGAAAGGCUUGCUGAUGCCUACAGUCUGAGUUCGGUUUUAGAUAGUUUGCAAGUUGCUACAAUGGAAGCUGAAGAAGAAUCUGAUAAAAUUGCAGACCAUUUUCUAAAUGGUCAAUUAAAAGUUGAUGAGUUCUUACUAGAAUUUUCAAGGAAAAGAGUGCUCUAUCAUCAGCGACAAGCAAAAAAGGAGAAGCUAAGUCAGUCACGUUAUUCCAUUAAUAAAUCUUAUUAAUUUUAUUCGUCUAUGUCUAAAGUGUGAGAAAAUAGCUUUGGUAUGUUCCUACGUUUAUUUAAUGAACAUUCUAUCGACAAAGCAUUAUUGCAAUUUAUGUUAUAAAAAUUAUUUAAAGAAUGAAAUAUUUUUAUUAAAACAAUGUAUUAAAAUUAAAAGAAAAAAAUUUUUUAUAUGAUACAGUUACACUUUUAUACAUUACCAGUUAAUUAGAUGAAUUGAAGGACAGUGAGACCUGUAGAUCAGGUAAAGUUACAACACGUCCAUUAAUCCAUUUAUUUAUAAAGUUGCUUAUACUGUAGUUAUAAGUACUUAUUUUUUCAGUGAUGUAAAUAAAAGAAUUUAUAGAGAACUAAACUUUAGAAAUGCAGCACAACUUGUUUGUUAGAAUUACUUUGUGAAUAGUGUGUUCUGAUGAUAAAAGACUGAUACAGUAAUAUAGAGUGGUAUAGUUAAAUAAGAUUACAAUUAAUGGAAAUUCUAGUUUUAUUAACUCAGAGAUUAAAAGAAUAGGUUCAAACAAUAAAAAAAUGUAUAAUUCGAAGAUUUAUUUAUUGUAAUUAACGUCGUUAUAAUUAAUUAUAGCCAAUCCGACGGCAGAGGUGGUUAGGCCGUCUGCACAUCACUUUAAAGGACCCGGAUCAAAUCCGGAAGGGUUUAUUACCAGAGCGGUCUGUCUCGGACAAGUCCGGAUCGUCCUUCACCACGCGUUUACCAUUUAUUUAUUUAUAACUACCUUACCCGUCGCGCAUUGCUGCGAUCUCAGAAGAAACGAAAUUCAAGCAAACUCGUUAUGAUAAAAUUCAAUUUACAUUUUAUCAUUUUUAUUGAAACUUAUUACUAUUAUUCAUUUUCAUCGGAAAACAUUUCAAAGUUUCAAUUCUAUUUGUUUGUUGGAGCGCUUGUGGAUACACGAUAUUUUU